AUUUAUUCUGCAGGAUGUUUUUCACUAAUGAGUGUAUGAUUACAGAGUUAUAAAAGGAAACAGUCAUAUGCUGGAGUGUGUGUGAACAGAGAAGUAAGAGCGAGCACAGCAGGAGAAGAGCUGUGCCUUGAAGUGAGUAUGUCUCUUAGGGAUCCACCAUAUGAACCUCCUUCUGUCGCAGAGCUGCAGGAGUUCCUCCUGGAAGACAGACGACCUACAGGACAUGUCAAUCAAGUCUGGCCUAACCUUUUCAUAGGCAACGAGGUUGCGGCUCGUGACAAGGCCGCUCUGCACAGUCUGGGCAUAACCCACAUUGUAAACGCUGCUCACCGACCCCCUGGCACUGCCUCCUUUUUCUACGUCAACACCGGCCCUCGUUUCUACAGAGAUAUGACAGUGGAUUAUUAUGGAGUGGAGGCUGAUGAUGCAAUAGAGUUCGUCCUUAGUCCUUUCUUUUACCCAACAGCGCGAUACAUCCGAGCCGCACUGGGCAUGGGAGGACGGGUAUUUGUCCACUGUCUGAUGGGCGUGAGCCGCUCCGCAACAUUGGUGCUGGCCUACCUGAUGAUUGUCGAGGGCCUGAGGCUGCAGGAGGCAGUGGCCGCGGUAAAGCCUCACAGAGACAUCUGUCCCAACCCAGGCUUCCUGUUUCAGCUCCGCAGCCUCGACAUGAGCCUGGAGAGGGAGCGGAGGAGGCGCCGACAGGCCCAAACACUAGGUCACUCCCAGGAGGAAACACCAUCUCUGACAGAGCUGAGGCAAAUCCUCUGGACCAACAGGAAGCCAGUGGCACCCGUCAAUCAAGUCUGGGCGAACCUGUACAUUGGAGAUGAGUCUGUGGCCCGAGACAAAAACAAACUCUCAUCUCUGGGUGUAACUCACAUACUGAAUGCUGCAGCGGGUCGACACCGGAUCAACACAGGUCAGCAGUUCUACAGUGACCUCAAAGUGGAAUAUCAUGGCAUUGAAGCUGCAGACCAUCCGGAGUUCAACCUCCGACCUUUUUUCAGUUCUGCUGCACAGUUCAUAGACAGUGCUCUGAAGAAAAAUGGGAAGGUGUUUGUGCACUGUGCCAUGGGUGUCAGCCGCUCUGGAGCGCUGGUUCUCGCCUAUCUGGUGCUCUGCCAGGGCCUGUCGUUAGCGGAGGCCAUCAUCGCUGUGCGUCUGAACAGAGACAUUGGACCCAACUCUGGAUUUCUGGAGCAGCUGAGACAGCUGGAGCUGAGCCUCAGUCCUCAGAGUAGACAGACCACAGAAGAGGACCAUGCUGACACAUCAUGACAGAGCAUGACGCUUUCACACUUGUCAGGCACCUGCUCUGUUUGAAUCCACAUUUUCUGUAUAACAAUCAAACCUGAUGAAUAGAAAUAUGUGUCAUUUGUCACAAGAAGUCUCAGUCUCUGGCCCAAUGUAACAACUGAAUGCUUUGAAUUUUAUGUCCCCAGAAAUAACUCUCCCCACACCUGUCCACACAUUGGUGACAUUCUUAUAAUGACGACAAAGCAACAUGCCACUCUGACUGAACUUC